CUUGGCCAUUGCUUCUCCGCCAAGCGGCUACUCGUUGGUUGAGACUGCCCAUGUUCGUUUCGCCUUCUUUAUCCCAAUAACAUCAACUACCUGCGUCCUUCUACCCCUUACACGAAACGAAGCCAAAGAACGCGCCGCCUUGCAAGAUGCGCCGGCAGCUGCUUGAACAUGUGGCCCUAAUGACGUCAAGGAGCUUGGACGAGUGACCUUUGGCACAAGCGAUGCGACUAAGUGCGAUUGCAUACAAAGACCAAGACGUACAUUAUUUCAAUUUGGCGGAGCAGGCGGCAUAGAGCUGUCCAUAGACACCAUGUGGCAUCUUUAAAAACCACCCGACGACGGAAUGGACGGUGUACGUACGUACGGGAUUGUCAGCUGCGAGCCGAGAGCGCGGUCAAGAUCAGCGGCGCGGUGGAUUUCCCCAGUCAUUUGGACAUUUUCUCUGCAACUCCCACCCGAUGUCGACAGCCGAGCACACGCAGGUGUACAUCCCCGACGACAAGGUCGCGUGGAUCGCUGCGCAAGUGCUGAGCGCGACCGGGGAUACCUUUGAGGUCCAGACCCAAGGCGACGCGUCCGAGGAGUUCCUGAGCGACCACCCCAAGGACGGCGCCCAUCGCACCGUGCCGAAAGCGGCCGUGUGCUUGCAGAACGUGCUGCCGGUCGACGGCUGCAGCGACAUGGUGCACCUCAACUACCUCCAUGAAGCCGCGAUCUUGUACAACCUCAAGACGCGCUUCCACCGCGGCUUGCCAUACACAUACACGGGCCCCAUCUGCAUUGCCGUCAACCCCUACAAAUGGCUCGAUAUUUACAACCCCACGGUCCAAUCCAAGUACAUGGAGGUCGAAAAGCUACCGGAGCUGCCGCCCCACGUCUACGCCGUCAGCGCGCGGUCGUACCAUCACAUGCGCGUGUUUGGCGAGAACCAGAGCAUCCUCGUGAGUGGCGAGUCGGGCGCUGGUAAGACCGAGACGACCAAGAUCCUCAUGUCGCACCUUGCGACGGCCGGCGACCGCACGGACGCGGACCACGCCAUGACGAUGAACAUUGUUGACCGCGUGCUCCAGUCCAACCCGCUCAUGGAGAGCUUUGGUAACGCCAAGACGUCGCGCAACGACAACUCGUCGCGCUUUGGCAAGUUCAGCGAGCUCCAGUUCAACGCUGAAUGCCAGCUCGUCGGUGCGCGCUGCAACACUUAUUUACUCGAAAAAUCCCGCGUCUCGACGCACGGCAAGGGCGAGCGCAACUACCACAUCUUUUACCAGCUCCUCGCGGCGCCCGAGGCCAUCCGCACGCAGGUCGAGCUCCACGAGACAGACCCGAUGGCGUUCCCGUUCCUUCGCGGCACGUCGGCGAACGGCGAGAACGUCAUGACGGAGCUCGACGCCGAGUACUUUGGCCGGACGCUCACGGGCCUCACGACUCUCGGGAUUGCUGAAGCCGAUCAAAUCUCGGUGUUUGGCAUCGUCUCGGCCAUCUUGCACCUCGGCCGCGUCGAGUUUCAGGGCGAUGAAGCUUCCAUGGUGGCGACGCCGGCCACGGUGGCCGCGGUCACCAAGCUCCUCGGGUUCAGCGCGUCCGACUUUGAGCAGAGCUUGUGCACGCGCCAAAUGGCCGCGGGCCUCGACUCGUACACGGUGCCGCACACGAUGGAGCAAGCGACGAGCGCGCGCACGGCCUUGUCCGUCGCGCUCUACAGCAAGCUCUUUGAUUGGCUCGUCACGCACAUCAACGCGUCGACGUCGUCCAAGAUGCACGUGAGCCACCGCAUUUGCAUCCUCGAUAUCUUUGGCUUUGAGAUCUUCGAGAACAACUCGUUUGAGCAGCUUUGCAUCAACUACGCCAACGAAAAGCUGCAGCAAAAGUUCACCCAAGACGUCUUCAAGUCGAUCCAGAACGAGUACGAGGAAGAGGGCAUUCCGUGGACUAAGAUCGACUUUGCCGACAACGUCAACGUGCUCGAGCUCAUCGAAGGCCGCUUUGGUCUCCUCGCGCUGCUCAACGAAGAGUGCAUGCGGCCCAAGGGCAGCGACUCGGCGUUCACCAACAAGCUCUCGGCGCACUACAACGACAACGACCGGUUUGAGAUCCCGCGUCUGCGUCGCAACUGCUUUGCGAUCACGCACUACGCCGGCUACGUCUCGUACGAGACGUCUGGGUUCCUCAUCAAGAACACGGACGCGCUCCAGAAGGAUGUGCUCAGCCUUCUGUACCGGUCGACGUCGCCGUUCAUCAAUGCGCUCUUCCCCGCGCCGGCCGAGAACAAGGCGGCUGUCAUGACCAACCGUCUCCGCCGGUCCAACUCGAUCCUCGCCGACUCGGUCGGCACGCAGUUCAAGUCGCAGCUCAACGCGCUCAUGGAGGACAUCCGCCGCACGCACGUCCAGUACGUGCGCUGUAUCAAGCCCAACAGCAACAAGAGCCCGCACAGCUUCUCGAAAGGCCGUGUCGCGUCGCAGCUGCAGUGCGCCGGUGUCGUCGAGGCCGUGCGCAUUAGCCGCAUGGCCUUCCCGAACCGCCUCUUGCAGCAAGACUGUCUCCAGCGCUUCCGCCUCCUCUUGGCCAAGUCGUCGGCGUGCGACUCGGACGACGACGAGGUCAACCAGUGCGCGCAGCUUUUGAACCAGCUUCUGACGGCAUCGGACUUUCAGCUCGGCAAGUCGCGCGUGUUUUUCCGCGCCGGCGCGCUCGAGCGCCUCGAAGACCUUCGCACGCGCCAGCGUGACGCGAGCGCGGUCAUUCUCCAGCGGGUCGCACGCCAAUGGGCAGCGACGACGCACUACCGUAAGGCGCGCAAGGCCGCGAUCGUGCUUCAGUCGUACACGCGCAUGUUCCUCACGAGCCGCCGGUACCGCGCCAUGCGCCUCGCGGCAAUCACGCUCCAGUGCGCCGUGCGCUGCUACAUGGCGAAUGCGGUCGUGCAUGGCAUGCGCCAGACCAAGGGCGCGCUCAAGAUCCAAGCGACGUUCAAGAUGCACGUUGCGUACACCAAGUACAUGCGCGUGCGCAACGCGAGCAUCAUGAUGCAGUGCCUCGUGCGCGGCUUCAUUGCCAAGAAGGGCUACGCCCGUCUUCUCGUGCAGGCGAAAGAGGAAGCGAAGCUCGAGAACCAGAUCCAGCGCCUCAAGGACCGCUUGAAGGAGGAGAAGGCGCGUGCGGACCAGCUCAGCCGUCGGGCGAGCAUGGUCGGCAGCGUGCCGCUUGACAUUGAGCUCGAAGGCGCGAGCGGUCUCAUCGACCAGCUCCGCGCCGAAAUGACCCUGCUCAAGGACGCGAACGCGACGCUGAAAGUCCAAAACAUCCAGCUCAAGAAGGAGAAGGAAGGCAUGGAGCGCGGUGCGUACGUCAACGGCGCGUCGUUUGCGGCCGCCAACCAGCGCGCGAUCAAGCUCCAAGAGGAGGUCGAGUUUCUCAAGCUCGCGCACGUGCGCAUCAAGGAGACGCACAAGACGCUGCGCAUGCAGAACACGGCCAGCAUGGAGGGCAUCCACCAUCUGCAAAUGGAGCUCCACAAGGCGGUGUGCGAGCGCAACGCACUGCAGCAAAGCCACAUGGCGCUUCAGACCCACCUCGGCACGCUCGAAGCCGACAACUCGGAGCUCACAAAGGUGAACGCACGCCUCCGUCUCAUCCUUCGCCAAGACCCGGAGCUGAACCGCAAGAGCCGCGAAGAAGUCGCGGGCAUGAUGAAGAACGUGCGUCAAGCUCAAGAGGCCCGCGCCAAGCCCGCUGCCGUGACCUUUGCGUCCGUGACGGCGGCAUCGCUCAUCAAGCCCGUGGCUGUCUUGCAGCCCGAGGUCACGGCCAUCAUGAUCAAGGCCAACCAGAUGCCCAAGAAGCCCAAGGGGCUCUCGAACCGUGUCAUCAACCUCGCCGAAGCGGUCAAGGAAGAAAACGAAAAGGCCAAUGUCCGCCAGCCCAAGGGCGUCGACGGGCCGCUGCCCUCGCCCGGCAAGGUCAUGGGGCUUGUCGAGUCGGACGACGAAGGCGAUGAGAAGGUGAGCUUCCGCGUCACGCUCGUCGACGUGGCCGAAGAGCCGCCGGUCCCGACAACGGCGCAGGUCGUCAAGCGCGUCGCGGUCGGCCCGCCGAUGAAUGGCAACGGCCGCCAGCCGCCGCCGCCGCCGACCAACAACAUGAACAUGAACAACAACAAUGGCUGGAAGACGCAGACGGGCAACCGCGCGCGUAGCAACUCGAGCCAGACCAAGGGUCGUCCGCGCACCAACUCGCGCGAGAAGGACGAGUCGCGCCAGCGCGGGCAGGCGCAGCGCCAGCAGUCGCCGCCCUACCAUCGCCGCGGGAGCUCGACGAGCCUCGGCAACGUACCAGGUGGCAACUUUCGCCGAAGCGGCUCGAGCAGUGUCAACAGCGCCGACGGCCACCCCUCGCAACGCUCCAUGGGCCGCGGCGGCCGCCACGUCGAGUUGUGAGCGCAACCCACAAUACUAGUUGCUAGGCUUUUUUAUUACCAUCAUUUAUAUACAUCACCAAUGCAUAAACG